UUUCUCAGAAGCUCCCGCAAACUACAUUGCAUGAGUCAGUGUCCAGUGUUUUUAAACCAGUGAACAAUGAAAUCUACUUUUCUAUAUAAGAGAAAGAAAAGAAGAGAAGUCUUAUUUUAUAUAUUGGGAAUUGUUGUACUUUUAUAUUGUUCGGUCCAGUUAUUGUUCAGUGUGUCCGUAACUUCAGCAGGCACACAUUCUGCAAGAUUACGAAGGGAUGUCGAAAAUGAGUCCCAGUGUAUAUCUCCAAUUUCCUCGGAAUUUCCAGAUGGUUUUUUCACAAUGCAAGAACGGAAAGAUGGUGGCAUUGUCAUUUAUUUUAUAAUUAUUUUUUACAUGCUGCUAGCAGUGUCAAUAAUAUGUGAGGAUUAUUUCUUACCAUCGCUUGAAGUUAUCAGCGAACGUCUUGGGCUUUCUCAAGACGUCGCUGGCGCUACUUUUAUGGCAGCGGGCAGCUCUGCACCUGAACUAGUUACGGCAUUUCUCGGUGUUUUUGUAACAAAGGGAGACAUCGGUUUAAGUACCAUAGUCGGAUCUGCAGUGUAUAACCUCCUUGGAAUUUGUGCUGCUUGUGGACUUCUAACCUCUCUGGUGGGACAGCUCAGCUGCUGGCCUUUGUUCAGGGACUGUGUGGCUUAUGCCUUAAGCGUUGCAGCUGUUAUUGCUAUUAUCUAUGAUAACAAGGUUUAUUGGUAUGACGCUGCCUGCCUGCUACUUAUUUAUAGCGUGUAUGUUGUGGUGCUGGGCUUCGACAUUCGCAUCAGCGAGUACUUUAUGAAGAAGUUCAGCCCCUGCUGUCACUGCCUGACAAAGGACCAGGAGGAGCAGAGCGAGCAGCAGCCCCUUGUUGGCUGGAAUGAGAGAGGAAGUCUCCUGGUCCACAGCCGCUCCAGAACUGACAGUGGGAUCUUUCAGGAUGACUCGGGAUAUUCCCACCUCUCCCUUAGUCUGCACGGUCUGAACGAAAUCCAAGAGGAUCACCGAAGUGUGUUUUCGAUGCCAGAAAACGCACUGAAGCGAAUCCUGUGGGUGCUGUCAUUGCCCACCAUCCUGCUGCUUUAUUUGACCAUACCAGACUGCAGAAAGCCUUUCUGGAGAAGAUGCUUCAUGAUUACAUUCUUGAUGUCUGCAGUUUGGAUCUCGGCCUUCACUUACGUACUGGUGUGGAUGGUCACAGUAGUCGGGGAAACGCUGCAAAUUCCAGACACUGUGAUGGGUCUCACACUGCUGGCUGCUGGUACAAGCAUCCCGGACACAGUCGCCAGUGUUAUGGUGGCCAGAGAAGGGAAAGCAGACAUGGCCAUGUCCAACAUUGUGGGAUCCAACGUGUUUGACAUGCUAUGCCUUGGACUACCAUGGUUUAUAAAGACAGUGUUUGUGGACACAUCGUCUCCCGUGGAAGUCAACAGUGCAGGGCUGAUAUACACGACCUCCACUCUGCUCCUGUCCGUCAUUCUCCUCUUCGUGGCUGUGCACCUGAACAGGUGGAGGCUGGACUGGAAGCUUGGCCUCGUGUGCUUAUUCCUGUACAUUCUCUUUGCAGUUUUGUCCAUCCUGUAUGAGCUUGGAAUUAUUGGCAACAGCCCAAUAAGAAGGUGCAACGACUGAUCCACAGAACACACACUGAACUCAGGAAUUAAUGGACGUAUUAAAGGAUUUAGAGCAUUUUGCCUGAUGUCUCAUUUUCCAGCUGACUAAUUUACCAAGUCUAAAAAAAAAGCCAGAA